UUUCAUCACCAAUACAACAGGAGCAUUUUGACUUUUCAAAUCUUCUUUGAAGAGUCCAAUCCGAUGACUAUUCAUCUGGAACUUGUCUUGAAUCACAUAGUUUAAGUAGCCAGAAAACCCGGCCCAAUCGGAUGCAUUAAAAGAGUCGGGAUCCCGAAAGCAAUAUGGCAGAUCAACAUAGUCUUCUCCAGGCACCUGAACCACAAAGCGUUUCCGGAAGGACAGCAAUGAUGACUUCGGAAAGGCUCUUCGAGAGAUGUCAAUUAGUUCAAACGCAUCCUCCAAUGAGCGGCACGCGACAUGAAGAAUGAAUGGCUCAAAGCGAGCCCAAAUUGCAUCAACAUGAAGCCCUCUUUCACUUCCAAAGGAAUACCUAGCAACAUGUUCAGUCGGAAGUCCUGCCACUGCAUUGUCCGGACUCCAUUCAUCGAAGGAAUGGCAAAUGUGAAAACGCCACGUCCGAGAAAAGCUGCCCUUCGCUGGCAAAAGUCUCUGCUGAGGCUCUUUGGGGUCUUUCUCCCGGCUUGGACGCCAUAGAAAAGCGCGACCACUGCAAGAGCUCAGCGUGCAGUACUGAUCAUAGCUAUUGAUCUCAUUUAGAAGAGGCACAAUCGGAGCAUCCCAAUCUCCCUUUGAAGAUUUGUCUCUUCGACCUAGCAAGUCAGCCUUUUCUUGAGCGAAGCGCUCCUGCUUGUCAUGCAUGUCGGCUUGCCGUCCAAAUACCCUCACCAACUGAAGCGCUGGAAAGCGCGGCAUCUUUUGGGCCGUUGGCUUUGCCAACCGGACGUGCAACAUUACGAUAUUUCACACCGCAAAAUGCAAAGCAAAGCUAAUCGGCAAAAGCAAGCAGCCUAUCUGUUAUAUACACAGUCUGGAAAAGUUACAAUGACAGCUACAGAUACCCGAUAAUUACAGUACAUGGUCUCACAAUUUUGUGGCAACUGUCAAUGGAAAUCUUCUGGACAAACCAGUGUCAGCCCUUUCUAAUGGUUUCAAUGACACAAGUGCAGGGAGCACAGAGCACGGCAGCCACUGAUUUGAGCAUCAUAAAAGGCAAAUGCAUUCAAGUACUCUUGACAUUUCUUGAGUGCCAAAUGUCCCAGACCCUGCUCCCAAAUUCUAACAGAUCCAGCUCUCCAAUCCCCAAAGAACUCUUGAGCCCCGUGAUUCCAUUGCAUAAAAGGACGCCCUGCAUUUCGUGCUUGGAGAAUGCCGGAUGGCAUCUUUCAACAUUGAGAAACGGUUCACCUUGCAAACAGUGCUUGCAACUGUUUGCAAUUGUCGCGGUCUUAUUGUGCUCAAACUGGCAAGGUACAUCAGCCCCUGUCUAGGCAAAACAUCAACAGGUCUGCUUUCUUUGUAUGUUUGUGUGCACAAUUCUGCGACGUGUGACCAGUGCCAAUUCCAGUUGUACUAUCAGACCAUCAGUGCCCAUCAGCCCUUGAAAUUAGAUGAUGAUGCAGAAACCGAAGUUCUGGCUGCAUCUGAGUCGACUCGGUCGACUUGGUCCACUUGGUCCACUUACACACCGCCCUGCUUCGCCGUUUCACGGCUUCACCCCGACCUGGCAAGCCUGGCAAGCCUGGCAAAUGCACAUCACAUCUGGAAGAUGUCACGACUGUCACGACUGUCACGCCUUUUUGUGAAAUUUUACUCCAGAGCCCUCUCUUAGUCAACCAACCAGUGGGAUAAGGACAUCUAUCAAUCCGUCCAAGUCUAAUCUAAAGACAUCACAAUCCCUAAGUUGCAAGGGUUCAUGUUGCUUCAAGUCUUGCCUUCCGCAACCCUUAUGCCCUCGCGUCAUCAUGCAUGCAAUGCUGUAGUGGUGUCAAUGAAGCAGCACAUUUGAUCAGUCUUGAUUGGAGGACACUACCUCCAACCGCUAGGUAAUCCAAUUCACGCACAUUCGCGCUCCAUUCAGAGCAAAUCUUGCUGUCUACUACACUUUGCUCAGGUCGACCUUCGGUUCGUUAAUGAACCAAUCCCCACAAAAAAGGGAAAAGAUGUCUUCCAGCUGAAUUCAGCGGGAUUGUGGCCAUGACUUGGCGCCAUUCACCAAAGCUGACGUCGGAGGACUUCAAGGUAAUACCAGUGCAGUGUGGACUCAGUAUGGUACACUCAGUUGCGCACUCGAAUUUCAAUUGCUGUGCCAACUUGCAGGCUUAAAGC